AUGGACAUCAAUCAAAUCGAGAAGCGAAUCGCCGAUAUUGAGGAGAUUCUCGGCAUCGAUGACCUCAUCACGACAAAAUCCAUCCCCUCCCAAAUCGAAUCUCUCCAAUCGAAGCUCCGCGACGACUGCAAGGCCAAUCUCCUUAUGUCGAUUCCAGUCAAAAAGCUGGAGCAGCUCAAUAAAAUUGCCACAGAGACAGCCGGACCAUACGGCUCACUCGUCGAUAAAGUAGAAUCUAUAAAGUUCGCGGAGAACUUAAUCAAUGAAAGAGCCGAAAGAAUAAAGACUUUUUCGGAGGCUCUGGAGCCUUGCCUUGACACGGAGCUCUUCGGAAAGGUGGCCGAGUUGCAGCCAGAGCUCGACGCCCAGAUCGAGAAGUAUGAGAAGGCGUUGGAAGAUUGGGCGAAAACUUACGGAGAUUUCCAAACACUCAUCUCCGAACGAACGAUGAUCAACCGAAGGAUUACGGAGAAGGUGUUGGAGCUUCAGAAGAAAAUUGAUUUGAAAACUUCUUCUAAGGCAUAA